AUGACAUCACACGAAUUUCAGCCGUGGGCCUGUGGGAACCAGGUUGACACGAGGAAGAUGACCCGGCUGCGUGACCAAGUCGAUUCGGACAGCGUGAGGGGAAGCGUUGCCGCGGCGCUCCCCAAAUACGGAAAUCAGCUCGCUCUCCCCUUCUCGGAAUCUUUCCCGCGCAUCUGCCUAACGGGGCACUUCGUUAGUACCCGGCACAGAAGGGCGCACGGUGGACGCGUCAGUUCUCUAGGUCCGUCGGCACAGGGCGGAGAGCGUGGGGCGACGACCCCGGCAGAGGGCACGACCCCGGCAGAGGGCACCGGGGCCUCGGACGACCCCGGCAGCGGGCACGACCCCGGCAGAGGGCACCAGGUCCACGGACGACCCCAGCAGAGGGCACUGGGGCGUUCGCUCGGACGUUCCCCGGCAGAGGGCGCUGGGGCCACGGACGACCCCGGCAGAGGGCGCUGGGGCCACGGACGACCCCGGCAGAGGGCGCUGGGGCCACGGACGACCCCGGCAGAGGGCGCUGGGGCCACGGACGACCCCGGCAGAGGGCGCUGGGGCCACGGACGACCCCGGCAGAGGGCGCUGGGGCCACGGACGACCCCGGCAGAGGGCGCUGGGGCCACGGACGACCCCGGCAGAGGGCGCUGGGGCCACGGACGACCCCGGCAGAGGGCGCUGGGGCCACGGACGACCCCGGCAGAGGGCGCUGGGGCCACGGACGUUCCCCGGCAGAGGGCGCCGGGGCGCUCGGACGGACCACAGCGGGCACCCGGGCGCUCGGACGGUCCCCGACAGCGGGCACGGGGGCGCUGGGACGGUUCUCAAAGUUCAUUUCUAAAAAUCAUAUUUCCGGAGAAAAUCCAAGCAAAUACAAGUCACAAUUCAGAAGUAGAAUAUGACCGAAUAUCCUAUCUUAUUCCAAUAGAUGAGAAACUGUAUACUGUGCACCUUAAGCAAAGAUAUUUCUUAGCAGAUAAUUUUAUGGUUUAUUCGUAUAAUCAAGGAUCUGUGAAUGCUCAUUCUUCAAAUAUUGAGACUCAAUGCUACUACCAAGGAUAUAUCGAAGGAUAUCCAAAUUCUUUUGUCACACUCAGCACGUGCUCUGGACUGAGAGGAAUACUGCAAUUUGAAAAUGUUUCUUAUGGAAUCGAGCCUCUGGAAUCUGCAGUUGAAUUUCAGCAUAUUCUUUAUAAAUUAGGGAAUGAAAACAAUGAAUUUGCAAUUUUUAACAAGAAUAUCAGUAACGUAGAAAAACACCCAAUGGACUUUAACAUUUAUAUAAGUGAAAAAUCAGAACCAGCUGUUGCGGAUUUAUUUCCUCUUUAUCUAGAAACGCAUAUUGUGGUGGACAAAGCUUUGUAUGAUUACCUGGGCUCUGAUAGCAUGAUAGUAACAAAUAAAAUCAUCGAAAUUUUUGGCCUCAUAAAUUCGAUGUUUACCCAACUUAAAGUUACUAUCGUGCUGUCAUCAUUGGAGUUGUGGUCAGAUAAAAAUAAGAUUUCUACAGUUGGUGAGGCAGACGAAUUAUUGCGUAGAUUUUUAGAAUGGAAACACUCUUAUCUUACUCUAAGGCCUCAUGAUAUUGCAUAUCUAUUCAUUUAUAAAGAUUAUUCAAAUUAUGUGGGAGCAACAUUUCGUGGAAAGAUGUGUGUUACUCGUUAUUCUGCCGGAAUUGCAUUGUAUCCCAAGGAGAUAACUUUGGAGGCAUUUUCAGUUAUUGUCACCCAGAUGCUGGGACUCAAUCUGGGAAUAUCAUAUGAUGACCCAAAGAAAUGUCAAUGUUCAGAAGCUAUUUGUGUAAUGAAUCCAGAAGCUAUGCAAUCCAGUGGUGUGAAGACUUUUAGCAAUUGCAGUUUGAGCAACUUCGAAAGUUUCAUUUCAAAUAUAGGUGCCAAAUGUCUUCAGAAUAAGCCACAAAUGCAAAGAAAUCCGAGACCAAUCUGUGGUGAUGGCAAAGUGGAGGGACAUGAAAUCUGUGAUUGUGGUACUGCAGUA